AUGGUAGUAAAGGAUCAAACUUCAGAGAACCACUACGGAUAUGCAAAAGACUUCCGAACAGCGCUACCACAGCUGCUGGCCGUCAGUGUGAAAAACUUGCUGUUACUUGGCUAUGGAAUGACACUGGGUUUUCCAACAAUAUUAAUACCAGCUGUACAGAACCCAGUUGAAGGGGAAGUAUUGCGUUUACACAGUUCGCAAGUUUCAUGGAUUAGCUCUAUAAAUUUGAUAGUAGUGCCACUAGGAUGUGCUGUGUCUGGCAUUGUAACAGCGCCAAUGGGCAGACGUCGAGCCAUGCAGAUGGUGAAUGUGCCUUUCUUCAUAGCCUGGCUUAUUUUCUAUUUCUCCAAGAACACCUCACAUCUUUACACUGCACUUUCUCUGACAGGCCUAGCUGGAGGACUGCUUGAAGCACCUGUAUUAACCUACGUAGCAGAGAUAACACAACCUCACCUCCGUGGUGCCUUAACAGCCACUAGCUCAAUGUGCAUCAUCAUUGGUGUGUUCACGCAGUUCCUGUUCGGCUUGCUACUCUACUGGCGGCACGUGGCGUUACUCAAUAUUGUUUUUACGGUGUUAGCCGUUAUAGCUUUGUGCUUCGUACCUGAAUCACCACAUUGGUUGAUAUCCAGGAAAAGAUAUAGCGACGCGAGAAAGAGCUUGCAGUGGCUUCGCGGGUGGACGACGCCGCAGAAUGUCGACGCAGAGUUAAGAGAUAUUGAGGCGUUGUAUAAUAAGAAACAGGAAGUGGAAGGCAUGGAGGAGACUCUUUUAGAACGAUUGAACCAUUACACAAAAAGGAGUUUUCUCAUACCAUUUUUUAUUGUGGGAUAUGCCUUCUUCGUUGGACAUUUUAGUGGGAUGACGACAUUACAGACGUAUGCCGUAUCAAUCUUCCAAAUGCUGGAAGCGCCGAUAGACAAAUACUACGCGACCCUAAUCCUGGGGGUGCUGCAGAUCAUCGGGUCAGCGUCAUGUGUGAUGAUGGUGCACUAUACGGGGAAGCGGCCGUUGACUUUCUUCUCCACGGCCGGUGCGGGGUUGUGUUGCCUGCUCGUUGCAGGAUAUGACGGUUACAUACAACAAAACAGAUACUCAAGUGACGUAAGCAACACAACUGUCAGUGACGUCAUAGCUUCGCCAAAUCCAAACUCUUGGAUGCCGACUACACUUCUUAUGCUUCUGGCACUGAUAACUCACACUGGUAUCAGAUUGCUGCCCUGGAUCUUAGUGGGAGAGGUAUUUAGUGCCCAAACAAGAUCAGGCGGGGCCGGUCUUGCGAGUGCAGUCGGCUACAUCUUUGGUUUCCUAGCCAACAAGCUAUACAUUAGUAUGGUGGACACCAUGUCAAUAUGGGGAACGUACGGACUGUAUGGAAUUAUCAGUGUUACUGGCUGCCUGGUCUUCUACUUCAUCUUACCUGAAACUGAAGGGAAGAAGUUGAACGACAUCGAGAAUCACUUUGCCGGGGGCCAGAGAUUGACAAACAAUGUCUAUCGCUCUCAGAAAAAAACCAACCAGGAGUUAUCGAAACUGGACGAUUUAAAAGGAAACUUGAAUCCAUCAUUUGAGGCUGAUAGUACAUAUAUUUAG